AUGGGACGUAUUAGGCAUCGAGAGCAACGGGAAGAGGCGCAUUUGAGCCAGUUGGGAAGGAAGCAAGAGCCUCGCGCACGAGUAAAAGUUGAGCCCGAGAGUCCCGAUAACACGGUAUACCCAACCACGCCAGCAUCCCGACGUCGAGACUACAGGGAAGAAACAAAAGUAGUCAAGCCCGGAGGGCCUUCUUCCCGUCAUCAUACAGUUCACAUCAAGGUCGAAGAUAAAGCCGAUCUCGAAACACCACCACAUUACCCAUCCUUCACAACAGCAUGGUCUAAAUCUCCACUCCGCGUACCGACUCCCCUCGCUGAACAGUUCUACCGAUCUACGGUAGUUAAGAAAGAGAGCGAUGUUUCCUUAGUACAUAGAGAUGUACUGUCACUUCGCAGCCAAACUUCAGGUCCAUCGGUUAGCUCCAGCUACAAGAGGUUCGCUGUCGAGACUUUCCGUGACUUCGAUGCGUCACACCCAGCCUCAAAAGUCAAGAUAGAAGAGGAACCAGAAAAGGGAUACUACAUCCCGACAGGAGCGAGCAAAGUCAAGCAUGAAGCGGCAUCCUCUUCCUCGAACGUCCACCACCGCCGUCAUACACCAACGAAUUAUGCCGGCUCAUACUAUAAAGCGCCCGUGAAAGAGGACCCAGCAUCACAUUCUUCGCCCGACCUCAGGCGUACACGAAGCCACUGCGCCGUCGCGCCAACGCCAGAACUGCGCUCCGAAACCAAGUUCUCCUACCUCCAACCCAUCACACCCACACCCUUCAGCACACCCUACGGUCUCGUCAACCCCUACCCUCCCGACCCAUCAUCAUACCUCGUCCCGGGCUCCUUGAUCGAAGGAGUUCAACGGCGGACAAAGUGGGGCCAGAGAGACAGACGAACGAAGCGGCAGCCGCCAGCUCUGCAGCCGCGAGGUGCGCCUGUAACUGAGGGUGUUGCUAGUGAUAAACAGAACGCUACAAAAGCAGGAGCCGAGGGGACUGGAAGUGGCGGGAAGUGUGCAUGGUACAAACUUUCGCUUUGCAAAUGCUCCAAAUGGAUUAGUUGUAUCAAGGCGAAGUGCGAGCGAGCUGCUAAGGAGAAGUGGUGGCAGAGUAGUAAACAGCAUCAGUAUACCACGGAGAGGAGGGAAGACAGUGGGUUUUAUGUUGUGAGAAGGGAGAUUGGUCCUAAUCUCAGGGUUACGGUUCGAGAUGUCUGA